GGGGACAGGGAGGAGCCGAAGGGACAAGAUCUGCUGCGGGCCUCCGUUCAGGUGCUUUCCAGCAUGGCUUCGGCCUCCUCCGGACACGGAGCCAGUCUGCUGCGUUUUCUGCGGCUGGUGGGGCAGCUCAAGAGAGUCCCACGGACGGGCUGGGUAUACAGGAAUGUGGAAAAGCCAGAGAGUGUGUCAGAUCACAUGUACCGGAUGGCAGUUAUGGCUAUGGUGACCAGAGAUGACUACCUUAACAAGGAUCGAUGUAUACGCCUAGCCCUGGUUCACGAUAUGGCAGAAUGCAUCGUUGGGGACAUAGCACCAGCAGAUAACAUCCCCAAAGAAGAAAAGCAUAGGCGAGAAGAGGAGGCUAUGAAGCAGAUCACCCAGCUGCUGCCAGAGGACCUCAGGAAGGAGCUCUAUGAACUCUGGGAAGAAUAUGAGACCCAAUCUAGUGCAGAGGCCAGAUUCGUGAAGCAGCUGGACCAGUGUGAAAUGAUCCUUCAGGCAUCAGAAUAUGAAGACAUGGAGAAUAAACCUGGGAGGCUUCAAGACUUCUAUGAUUCCACAGCAGGAAAAUUCAGUCACCCUGAGAUAGUCCAGCUUGUUUCUGAACUGGAGGCAGAGAGAAAUGCCAACAUAGCCUCGGCCUCUGCGGAGCCGGGCUCCUGAGUGCACCUCGCACGGCUCUGCUGCCCUACUUUCUUCUUUGCUUCGUGGGAACGUGUUUUUCUACUGUGGCUCUGAAGAUUUCCCAGGAUGAGAAUCUAUCUUCUGUUGUCUGGACUUGAGCAACAAGUAUGAUAUAACCCCGGUCCUAAAAGAAGCCACUGAACUGGAAGUGGUCAGGAAGAUGCCAUGGCGAAGGCUUGAGAGGAGAAUGCUUGUUUUGGGAAUUAAAUAAAUAUUAAACACUCCAGACUUUGGUUUCAGUUUUGGAUGUCUUCAACUACCUUCUUUAAGCUUGGUUAUUAGCUUAUAUUAUUUAAGAACAGAUUCAUUGGAAGGUAGAACAUUUAGUUAUAAUUACUUUUUAAAUGUUUUUUUAUUCAUUCAUUCAUUUGGUUUUUUGAGACAGGGUUUCUCAGUGUAACUGCCCUAGCUGUUCUGGAAUUCACUCUGUAGACCAGGCUGGCCUCAGACUCACAGAGAUCCUCCUGGCUCUGCUUCCUGAGUACUGGGAUUAAAGGCCUGUGCUACCACUGCCCAGCUAUUAUUAUUAUUAUUUUUAUAAUGACUUUUCAGAACAGAUUCUUCUUCUUGGAAUGCAGUUACUACUGUGUACGGUAGUCCUGUGUCCUCACCCAGGUGAGAUGCUCUUGAGGCCAGCGUCUGUUGCUGUUUGAGAGGUGGUUUCAUUCUGGCUGGUCCAGGCCCUCCUAGACUCUUCUCCUCCCCAAGUACUAGCAUGUGGCACCAUGCCCAUCUUGAGCCAGAUGUUUAAUUUUACUGUGUGUUGUAGAUUUUCAAGCCUGCUCACAGUCUGCCCUCCUUCCCAGUGCAUCAUCAUCGGAGGAUGUAUUUUAGGGCAUACCAUUUCCAAUGCCAGCCAGGUGGUGGUUGCGUACGCCUUUAGUCCCAGCACUCGGGAGGCAGAGGCAGGUGGAUCUCUGUGAGUUCGAGGUCAGCCAGGUCUACAAGAGCUAGUUCCAGGACAGCUAGGACUGUUAUACAGAGAAACCUUGCCAGGAAAAAAAAAAACAAAACAAAACAAAAACACUGUACUAUUUCCAAUGCCAUGUAUCCUCCCCUUUCCUUAUUUCUUCAUGAUUUAAUGUCUUGGUUAUAAUAACAAUUAUGAAUGGGUGUUGCCGGGGUCAUUGCAUUAAAAGUAGGUAUCUGC